GUCCAAGAUAGGUCAAUGGCUACUGGCAUCCAAGUGUACAUUAUACCAUCUGCAGGCAUAUUCACUUGCACAUCCCUCACCACAUGUUUUUUCCUGCAGGUUGUAGCCAUGCAAAAAGAUAUGCAGAAGCAGGUGGCUAUGAUGGUUGCUGUCCCUGUUACCAAAGAAGGCAAAAGACUUGAAGCAGCCUUGGGACGGAGUAUGGAGAAAGCUGUCAAGGCUAAUGCUGAUGCUUUGUGGGCUCAUUUUCAGGAGGACAAUGCAAAACUGGAAAAGGCAUCACGGGAGCAUACCCAGCAUCUAACUAAUAUGAUCAGCAAUUGCUUGAACAAGGACUUGCCUGCAAUUUUGGAGAAAGCUGUUAAGAAAGAAUUAACUGCAGUCGGACAAGCUGUGGCACGCACAAUUACUCCCUCUAUUGAGAAAACAGCAUCCACCUCAAUUCUGGAGACCUUCCAGAAAGGAGUAGGUGAUAAAGCCGUAAAUCAGCUGGAGAAAUCAGUCAAUUCUAAACUUGAAGCUACUGUUGCUAGGCAUAUUCAAGCACAAUUUCAAACUUCUGGCAAGCAAACUCUACAGGUAAGAAUGACAGGAAGACAGUCAAAUUGGCUCUUCACGUAAUUGUAGAAAGACUUC